AUGACAGCUCAAGACUUGCCGAAAUAUGUGUCUGAUGAAGGUAUUCUAUUUCCAGGAUUCAUGUCAACCAAAGUAUUGUAUGCACCAUUUUCAACAUUUUAUAUUGUAUCUGUUGAAAUGCAAACAAUUGAUACAGAUGAACCACGAAAUUUGAUAAUAAUAACAUUGAAAGAAAAUGAUUUCUCUGCAUCGAAACAUAUGGAAUUUCAUAUUAUGCAAGAAUGUGCUGACAAAGGAAAAAUGAGAAAUUGGCUUAUCCCUGUUAACCGUAUUGAUUGUUUUGGGACUUCUGAUAUUGAUGUAAUUGAACAGAAGGGUUUAAGCCAAAUCCUUCUACGUUAUAUCAAUGCUAAACAUGCAGGACAUGUACAAUUCAAUACUUAUCGAAUAUUAGCAGUUUUGAUGAAUGAAACUGAUAUUAAAACAUUGACAAAACCAAGAAAGAUUACAGCAUUGUUUAAAACUUUUUUCGAGAAAUUAAUCGAUGAUCCAUACCGACAGUUGCGAUUACGGAGUACACUGAUUUGCUUGAAAACUCUUGCACAACACGGUGAAAUAAAACAUGAAAUGGUUGCACAAGAUGUUCUGCCUCUAUUAAUUCGUUGUGCUACAGAGCCGAAAUUCGACGUUGUACAAAGACAAAAAUAUUCACUCGGUCUGCUUUGGACAAUGACGUUCAAUGAUGAAGUUGCUACAAUAUUAAAAGAAAAUCAGAAGUUCAUGGCUCAUGUUAAAUCGUUGCUAAGAUUCGAUGAACAAGAUCUACGUAAGGUAGCUGAUGGUAUCGUGUGGAAAUUAGAUAAGAAAGCUCAGUUUAUGGCUAAGCAGGAACGUGAUCAGUCGGUAAUCGAAGUCCUUGCCUCAUCGACUUACAAAUAUGAUAUAAUGAUAAGUUAUUCUCAUAACGAUAAAGAUUUAUGUUGCCUAAUACAAGAUAAGCUUACAGCAGAUGGCUAUCGUGUUUGGUUUGAUCGAGAUAACUUGUCUGGUUCAAUUAUGCAAGCAAUGGCAGAUGCAACUGAAAAUUCAUAUUUGAUGUUAAUUUUAGUCUUUGAACGAGCUCAUGACGACUUGAAGAAGGAGGUUGCACAAAAAGGGAAUGGGUUAUCAAUGGUUGCAGUUCAAAAAGAGCGCCAAAAUACGGGUGAAGAUAAGCCUGUACAAGACCAACAGCAGUCAGCGAACGUAUAUUCUUAUCCUGAUUCUGUAGACCUAUGGACAGAAGACCAUGUCAAACAUUUUCUUUUGGACUAG